GUCCUGCCGACACCUCGUCCUCGCUUCAACAUCAGCAAGAUGGCAACUCGCAGGCGAAGCCCGUCCAAGAGACGCAAAGAGGAAGAGGCGGAAGAGUUUCAGGAUCCCAUCCAGCAGGUGCCGGACUCAGAGGAGGAGUACGCGUGGGAUCUGGUGGGAUGAAGAACGGCAGCCGAACUUGGCUGACUGGACACCUCCGACACCACCAGAAGAUCUACGACAGUGAAGUGGCCACCUAUGAACAGAUACCCAACCAUGUGGACAUUAUGAAGUAUAACUCCAAGAUCGAUUUGCUCGAGAUUUUCUCUGGCAGCGCUCGGCUGACGACAACGGCAUGUCGAUAUGGCCUCAAUGCACUACAACCUUUCGAUCUUCGAGAAGGCAUUGAUCUGUCCACUCCAGAGGGGCGUGAACUGACCCUUCAUGCAGUACGACACCAUCGACCCCUUCUAUUACAUGUGGCUUGGCCUUGUAAGCUUUGGAGUCUCUUCAAUGAGAAUAUGAACUGGUCUCACAGGUUGGCUGACCUGGAGGUCUUGCGAGAAGAGGAGCGAGUUUUGGUCAAGUUCACUGCCGACCUCUGCAAGGAGCAACAUGCUCAUGGACGCCUGUUUUUGGGCGAGAAUGUGCUUCGCUCAAGGCUCUGGCAAGAGCCCAUCAUCGAGGACCUGGCCCGAGAGACCGAUGCAGACUUCACACUCCUCGACCAGCUGGACAGACGCUUCGACAACACCAGGACGAGAACAUUCGACCUUAACAAGACCGACCCUGUCUACGAGGAGCUUUGUGCACUUGUGCCUUGGACCAUUGAGAAGGUGUGGUCGAAAAGAGAUUUGGCGGCCACGCAACUCCAGACAACCAAGUACGGCGGUCCUGCUUGGCACACAGUUCACCGCAGAGUGACAACCAAUUUGGCCACUGGUGAACUCAUCCAGGACCUCGAGAACCCUUUCCAACAACCAGAUCGACUCGUCCACAAGAAGCUACGACCUCCUCGCGACAUUGAGACCUUCUUUUACCACAGGCCUAUGCUUCCAGGAGGUCAUGAAAACCCAGGAGCUGCGGAGGAUGGGCUAGCCGCGGAGGAGGCGGACGGCUUUCCCUCCAGCACCCUGGAAGACGGCGCGUCAGGAGCUGCAGAAGACGGGCCAGCCGCGGAGGAGGCGGACGGCUUUCCUUCUAACGAUCGCCAAACAUUUGUCCACGAGUUUGAAGAACAGCCUGAGAUGGACAACUGGUUUCUGCCGAAGGCACUCUUCUUCCUUCAACGGCUUUACCACCAGCAGGACUACGACUCCCUGUGCCAACUCGAGAUGAGGCAGCACGACAGGCCCUUCGAUACGACGGUGAUGUUCAGCCACCGCUGGGACAUCUUUGAUGACAACACGAUGUGUUUGAAGUUCCCUGGCUUUGAUGGGAGUCCUGACACUAUUGGCUUCCAACGUUGCCAGGUCUACAUGAACUUUUACCUCAAGAGUGCCCAGAGGCAGCAGGAGGUGACUGAAGGAGACCCUGAGGUCUCAGAUGUGGACUCCUCUGACCAAGACCUCGAUGUCAGCAACCAAAAGGUGAAGACACGCCAAGAACAGAAACAGUUCGAGAAAGAGAUACCUUGGCGUGACAUCAUGAAGAUGGACCGGAUGACAAUAGACAAAUACAUCUUGGCCAUCCAGAAAGAAUUUGACGGCUGGCAGCGGUGGUCUGGAGUUCAACCAAUUCCUGAGGCCGAAGCUGAACGCAUCUUCAAGGACAGAGUGCUGCGCAGACGGGCGCUCAAAUCCCGUAUGGCAUACCGCGACAAGAACCGCGGAGUGGGCACACUGGCAGCAAAAGCUCGCUGCGUUCUCAUCGGCUGCGCCGACCCCGACUUGACAUCCUUGUCACGGGACAGCCCGACACCUUCAAGGACAUCGGAAUUCUUGCUUUUGGCCAUUUUGGCCUCUGGAGCAAAUGGACGUUUCAACAACACACCUGACCGAUGGCAUUGUUGGAUCAGUGAUGCAAAGAACGCCUUCCUACAAGGCAAGCAGAACACUGAAGAGAGAAACGGCCAGCCUCUCUACAUGCAGCCACCAGAGGACCCUUUGGUCAAAGAAUCUGGAUGUUUUGCAGCCCAUCUGUACCUCGUCACUGGCAAUUGUUACGGCCUAAGCAAUGCACCACGCAUUUGGUACAAACAUGUAUGCACAGUCCUCAGCCAGAACAAGUUCAGAAUGCAUGACCUGGACAGAUGCCUCUUUUACCAUGUUUCAGAGGCCACUGGCGAAGAGAAAGUUGACUGUGUGCUCAUCAUCCACGUGGACGAUGUUUUAGCUGUGUACUCAGACAGGUUCUCCCUUGAAAUCUUGGAGACCAUGUUUGAGUGGGGCUCAGUGACAAAGCUAGAUGGUACUAAUGAAGGCACCUACCGCGGCAAGGAGAUCAAGCUGUUUGAAGAAGCUGGCGAAUGGAAGGUCAAAGUGACACAGAAAGAGUUCUGCAAAACUCUUGAACCUCCACGCAACCUUCCUGGCAAGAUGGAUGACAAGCUGACUCCUGCCGGUUGGAAAGAAUUUCGCAGCCUGGCAGGCUGCUUACAAUGGCUUGCGAGCCAAAGCCGACCGCCUUUGGCGGCAGUGACAAGCCUCAGCAACAAAGGCUCUGACACCACCUUCCGAGACUUGAAGAACCUCGGAGAGGCCUUGCUGUAU